CGCGCACUCGGCCCGGCUCGCGGCCGCUCUCCCGGCGCCUGCUCCCUCUCGUCGCCGCCGCGGCGCGGGUGAGGAUGGCUCGGCAGCCCCGGGGCUUUCUGCAGGAGGCCUCUCACCAAGUCGUCGCCGGAGGCUCGGCGGGUCUUGUAGAAAUUUGCCUGAUGCAUCCCCUUGAUGUAGUGAAAACAAGGUUCCAAAUUCAAAGAGGGAAAGCUGAUCCAACCAGUUACAAGAGCCUGGGGGACUGUUUUAGGACUAUUUUCCAACGAGAAGGAUUAUUUGGCUUCUACAAAGGAAUACUUCCUCCUGUCUUGGCUGAGACACCCAAAAGGGCAGUGAAGUUUUUUACCUUUGAACAAUACAAGAAGCUACUGGGAUAUGCGUCAUUGCCACCAGGACUGGCAUUUGCAGUUGCUGGCUUGGGAUCUGGGUUGACAGAGGCAGUUGUGGUUAACCCAUUUGAAGUAGUGAAAGUUACCUUACAGACCAAUCAGAACUCCUUCACAGAGCAACCAUCUAGCUUUGUUCAAGCUCAGCAGAUCAUUAAAAGCGGUGGUCUGGGCUUCCAAGGACUCAACAAAGGCCUUACUGCAACACUGGGCCGUCACGGAGUUUUUAACAUGGUUUACUUUGGAUUCUACUUCAAUGUGAAAAACAUUCUUCCAGUCAAUAACGAUCCAAAUUUGGAGUUUUUGAGGAAAUUUGGAAUUGGGCUAGUCUCAGGAACAAUAGCCUCAAUUAUUAACAUUCCUUUUGAUGUUGCAAAAAGUAGGAUUCAAGGACCACAGCCAGUUCCUGGAGAGAUCAAGUACAGAACCUGUUUUAAAACUAUGGCAACAGUCUAUAAAGAGGAAGGAUUUCUGGCUCUGUACAAAGGCUUGCUUCCCAAGAUCAUGAGGCUCGGUCCAGGUGGCGCAGUGAUGCUUUUGGUUUAUGAAUACGUUUAUGCAUGGCUUCAGGACACAGUUAAUCACAAGUAGCACUUUUGAAAAAUGUACUCUUUAAAAUUAUAUGCAUUCUAAAAUACACUAUAAUAAAGGAAAAGUGAUUCUUAUC